CACUGUCAUCAACUCUUUAAAACGCCUGUGUUGCGCAGGGUUUGUUAUUGUAUCCCCCAGCACCAUAUCCAGACUCUGUCGAAUACAUCUUUUUGUUUUUAAAAUGAGCAUCCCAGUGGUGGACUUCGGCGCAUACAGCCUGAGCAAAGAAGAUGUUACAGAGGAGCAGAUGCACAAGUUGAGCCAAGAGCUGAAAACAGCUUUUACGCAAGUUGGUUUUGUGUAUCUGAAGCACACUGGGAUCACUGAGGAGGAGGUGGAUCGUGUUAUGGCUGUAUCGAAGACAUUCUUCCUGCAGGCAGAUGAAGCGAAACGACCCUUCAGCAGGACAAACUUUGCAGUCAGUCCUAACCACGGCUGGGUGUCUGUGGAGACUGAGAGGUUGAAUCCACGUCGACCUGGAGACCUAAAGGAGGCAUUCAACAUUUCUUCGUUUCACCCUGACAUUAAAUGGCCGCCAGCUAUAAAAGCAUUCCAGGAGAUCCAGACGUCUUUCUUCCACCGCUGUAAAGAGCUGAGUCUUCGUGUGCUGAGGGUCAUGGCCCACAGCCUGGGUCUGGACCCGGAGGUGUUCCUGAGUGCACACCGAUUCAUAGGAACUGGUGAGAAUGGCACAACUCUGCGGUCUCUGUACUACCCACCAAUAAACCAUGAGACAGUGAAGGAGGGUCAGCUGCGAUGUGGUGAACAUUCGGACUAUGGCAGCAUCACCCUGUUGUUUCAGUCUUCUGGGGGUCUGCAGGUGCGCACACGUUCAGGGGAAUUCAUCACUCCUUCCAAGGUCCCCGGAGCCGUCCUCAUCAAUAUUGCUGACUUGAUGCAGCGCUGGACCAGUGAUGAGUUUGUCUCCGUGCUCCACAGAGUUUUGCUGCCCCCUGCUGGAGACUCCAGCGGACGUCAGUCUCUGGCUUUCUUUGUCCAGCCAGAUGAUGAGGCUCUGAUCACCUGCUGCGAUGGCUCCAACAAAUACCCUCCAGUUACAGGAGGUGGAUACCUCAACCAGCGCCUCAAAGCCUCAUACGAACAAAACUGAAUCUCUGCCCAUCACUUCAUCUGGACACAACUGUCGAUUACAGACUUGGAAAGUCUUUUAUCAUGUUUUAUUAUAGAGUCACUUUUAUCAAACUGAUCAAUGUGUCACUUUGGAUCCCAUGUUGCUUUUUAAAUUGUGAAUAUGAUUGUGAGUAUGAUGUUGUUUUUUUAGGUAAUCAGUGAGCCAGUGUGUAUGAUUUAAAAAAAAAAAAAAGACACACAAACCUCAAACUUGCAAGCUCAUUCACUUUAUUGUCCACAUUCAAACCUUGUACACCAUAACAGGUUCAUGAAUUCCUCACACAGGACUUUGGGCGGUGGAUUGAUUUAAAUGUUUCUUAAAAGCGACAUAAGAAAUAAUAUCAACUCAUUUAUUAUACCUCAAUUGCUCAACAGAUUGACCAUCUUUGAGUCCUUAAAUUUGACCCUUUGACUCUUUUUGGUAGUUUAAUUAAAGUUUCUCAUCUCCUAUGACAGACACCAGGGCAAAUUCAACCUGCUGCAGUACCAUUUACAGUGGUGUGGAGAAUUAAUAAACAUUAUUCUAUCAUGAAAAAAUGACAAAUUCACAGUCACACAGUACGCACACACAACCACUUCAGAAUCCACACAAUCAUCACUCUUAACACCAGCACAAUUAUAUUAAAUUAAAUUAAAAGAUUUAAAUAAAUGUAACUUUAUCUGUAAACUAAAUAUGUUCUUCAAUCAUCUGGUCCAAAGGAUGUUUGCAUUUUUUGUAGAAAAUAACGUUCAGAGGAAAUUUUCAGCUGUGUACAUGAAUAAGUUUCAAAAGGUCUUAAAAAACAAAA